AUGCGUUUCGACGAAGGCGAGAUAUUUUCGGACGCGGAAUUGCUGCAGAAUCCAGUCGUGGGGCUUGUGAUCGGGAUCCUGGCCACGGUUCUCGUCCAGAGCUCCUCCACCUCCACCUCCAUCAUCGUUUCUUUGGUUACUGCCGGAAUCAUAAGAGUCCGUCAGGCGAUUCCGAUGAUCAUGGGGGCCAACAUCGGGACAUCGGUCACGAACACGAUCGUCUCCAUGAGCCAAAUCGGGAACCUCGACGACUUCCGCCGGGCCUUCAGCGGAGCCACCAUCCACGACAUGUUCAACUGGCUCUCCGUCGUCGUCCUCCUCCCCGUCGAAGUCGCCACGCGCGAGUGGGGGGGAAUCACAUUCCUCAGUUCAAUCAACACAAAAAGAAUCAUUCUCGAUAUUCUAGAUUAUCCGGAGAAAGUGAGCGAGAUAAUGACUCGAGACAUCGGGGGUGGAGACGCAAGGGUCGAGCUCCUCUCCGUCAUCACGGAUCCUUUCGUCGACCGGAUCGUCCAAAUUGACAGCAAGGUGUUGACUGGGGGGGGGGGCGAAAACAAGCCCGAGUACAGCAAUGCCAGUCAACUCAAGCAUUGUUCGGGCGACGACUCCGACUCGUGCUGCUACUUUUUUUCUGACACGGGGGUGAGCGAUGCCGGUGUGGGUGGGAUUCUUCUCGCAUUGGCUCUUGGCUUCAUGAUAUACUGCCUCCUCACUAUGGUCAACAAGCUCAAUCUCAUCCUACAAGGCCCCUUAGCAGCGGCGACGAAGAAAUACGUGAACGCGGAGCUGCCAGGUGUUCCGUGGCUGACCGGCUACGUCGCCAUCGCCGUGGGGGCCGGCAUGACGUUCCUCGUUCGAUCCAGCUCCGUUUUCACGUCCACCUUGACUCCUCUGGUGGGGAUCGGGGUCAUCUCGCUCGAAAGAAUGUAUCCGUUGACUCUGGGAUCCAACAUCGGUACCACUUCCACGGCGAUCUUGGUCGCUCUGGCAGCCGAUCCGUAA